AUGUACCGUGAAGCAGCGAAGACAGCAGUUGUGAUAGCAUCCGAAGAGCAGGCAAAUGGUUCUUAUAGGAUUGCACACCAGCUACUUUUUGGAAUGUAUCAGGAAUUGCUGGAGGAAGGGAUUAAAGUAUCGUUUGACGUGCAGAAUAAUCUAAUGCUCCUUCACAGCUACCUUAUUAUCAAGACGUGCCGCCAGCAGGAAGAAUCGCUACGACCGCCGCAGGACCGUUACAGUCGAGCCCCUGGUAUUAUGGAUGGUGGAAGAAAGGCAGCAGCAGCCACUGCCUGUCCACGUCAGUGA